AGCACUUCAACUGCGCCUGCGAGUCGUGACUCACACUACAGCCUCCACCGUCAGUUCACUCCACCCACUCUACAGCUCGACGCUCAAGCCCGACGCUGCGAAUAGCAACCUGCACUAAACACGACAGGGAUGUGAGGGUGGCAGAGAGUCGAGACGGAGGAAUGGGGGCACGGCGGGGAUAAUACAGACAGACAAGUGAACGUAAUGUUCGUUCACUCCUGACGCUCACUCGCGCACCCGAGCACCCUCGCGAGUAUCCCAUGGUGCCCGUUCCCGUUCGCAAUCGGCGCGCAAUGGGCAUCUUCAAAUCGUCCAUCACCUCCGAGUUGCUCAAUCCCUCCCUCAAGUGCGCCGUCUCUGCGCGUUGUGCGCAUUCUGCGCACGCGUGGAACAUCUUCCUCGACCGCUUCCUCUGCGGCACGCCCCAUAGCCUCGACAUGGUGGAGGCGGCGCCACGAUGGACAAGUGGUACGCGUAGCUUUGGACGUACGAGCGCGGGUCGAGAACAAGUGCGGGGAGUGGGGACGGGCAGUAGGAUAUGCAUGAAUGCAAGACCACCAGAGCGUCCUCGAGCGCGCUGCGCGUGGAGUUCACUUCGCCGGGCGUGCAGGCGAAAGACCGCAAGUGGCGGCGCGUGCUCUGCGUGCUCGAGGGUACCAUGUUCAAGGUGUACAAGUGCCCGCCCAGCAUCGCGGGUGUCAGCGCGAUCGAGUCGUGGUGGGAAAAGAAGGUUGGCUUGGGCAACAUCACUGUCGUGAACACGGGCGCAGUGACACAGUCGGGGAUCAGGGUGAGUGCUGUCUGAGGACGUGCCGACAGUGAGCGGACGGGAAAGGAGGAUACGGACCUCACGAGCCCAGAUCCGAACGCGAGGGAGAG